AUGCACCAAUGUUGCCCGACUGACGCUGCUCCCUCCACUCUCACUAUCCAGUCUCGAAACCGCGUACACAUAUGGCUUGUGAACACUGACAAUUUGGUAUUGGAAGAGGUCUCGGAGCCUUCGUCGAUCAAGUAUGCCAUCCUGUCGCAUACCUGGGCAGACGAUGAGGUGACCUUUCAAGACUUCCACAACAUCGAGCGAAGUGGCGCGAGACAUAAGUCCGGGUUCUCCAAGAUUCAGAAGACCUGUGAACUUGCGCGCCAACGAGGCCUUCACUAUGCGUGGGUGGACACUUGCUGUAUCGACAAGUCGAGCAGUGCAGAACUCAGCGAGGCUAUCAAUUCCAUGUUCUCGUGGUACAAGGAGCCCGCCGUCUGCUUUGUCCUCCUGUCGGACUUACCAGCGUUUGAGAGGCUAGUCGAAAAGACUCCAACAGCAGUAGAGAUGUCCUGGGCAGCAUCUCGCAAAACGAAACGUGUCGAAGACCAUGCCUACUCUCUUCUCGGCAUUUUCGAUAUCAAUAUGCCAAUGAUAUAUGGCGAAGGAUCCAAGGCCUUCCGUCGCCUUCAGGAGGAGAUAUCUCGAGAGACGAACGAUCUGUCCCUGUUCGCAUGGAAGGGCCAUCCCCAGGGUUCUGUGGGAUCUCAGAUGUCCAGAGGCAUCUUUGCGAGGUCGCCAAGCGAGUUUAGCUCCUGUUCAACAAUGCAAAGGUUUGGCACGAGACAGGACUCACACAGCGAGUUCACUCUCACCAACAAAGUCCGCGUCAACAGCCCUUCGCCGUACUUUACGGUUCUGAUCGACGAUCUCGACUGGGGGAGUUCGCAAGAAGAGGCAUUUGAGAAGGCACUUUUGAGCAUUUGCACAAACCCUCGAUUUCAGGCUACGGAGGUAGAGUUCGUCACCAAGAAGAUAACUGAUGGGCAACGUGGCUUUCGCAUGGUUAAAGAUUACCGCGCCACUUUCAGGGUCGAGUUAGAGAUGCACCAAGAUCACGACGGCAUCAUAACCUAUCAUGCUUCUCUGUCUGGCAAGAUCUAA